UGGGCGUUUGGCGGACUGUGGGUGUUACGUUCGUUACCGGAGGUGCGCGGCCGAGGCGUCACGCCAUGUUUUAGGAAAAGCAAGCAUACUAGUAUCUUUCAGGAUUUUUGUCAAGAAAAGGGACGCCUCCGAGUUUGGAAAUUAGGAGAAAAUGGAGUCCGCCUAGACCGAAAGACAAGACUCUGACCCUGGGGAAUUGAAGGGCCCUCCAAUGGGCUUCCGCAGGCCGGGGAUGGAGGGAUUGCCGCUUCUCUGUGCUCUUCCCGCUCCCGCCGUCGGGCAAGGGCCUGGGCCCCGCGACACCGUGACUCAGCCAGCCAGACCCGUUGCUGCCGAGGAUUAGCCAGUUACUGGCAAACAGCUGGGACACAAAACAGUUUGCUAAGUGAAUGAAUGAAAGACCCAAUCAAGCUACGUCUCUUCAAUGCUGCACAACACAGCAGAUAUCCAGAUCAGAUAUAAGUUGAAAAACCAUAGGUUUCUACCUGGAGGGUUCAGCUCUCCACAUAACUCCUGAGAGACCCUGGACAUGCCAGGGUACAUUGUGGAGUGGUUGCAUCCAGAAGAGGGGGAGGAAGGCCCAAACACUAAGUAAUCCAGGCUUGGAUUGGAAAACAAGGUUGAAGUUACUCAUUAGCAGGUGAAAGGGGUCAAGGGUCGAGGCAAGGGGGCUGGAAGCAGAGUGGACUGAACAGCCAGCUGGGGAGACAGAAGUUAAGGCACCAGUCACCCCACACAGAGCACCAGCUCCCUCCUGCUGAAGAUGUUCCACCAAAUUUGGGCAGCUCUGCUCUACUUCUAUGGCAUUCUCCUUAACUCCAUCUACCAGUGCCCUGAGCACAGUCAACUGACAACUCUGGGAGUGGAUGGAAAAGAGUUCCCAGAGCCCCACCUGGGCCGGUGGUACUUUAUCGCAGGGGCUGCUCCCACCAAGGAGGAGUUGGUGACUUUUGACUCUGUGGACAACAUUGUCUUCAACAUGGCUGCUGGUUCUGCUCCGAUGCAGCUCCAGCUUCACGCUACCAUCCGCACGAAAAAUGGGCUCUGUGUGCCCCGGAAAUGGAUCUACCACCUGACUGAAGGGAGCACAGAUCUCAGAACCGAAGGCCGCCCUGACAUGAAGACCAAGCUCUUCUCCAGCUCAUGCCCAGGUGGAAUCAUGCUGAAGGAGACAGGCCAAGGCUACCAGCGCUUUCUCCUCUACAACCGUUCACCACACCCUCCCGAGAAAUGUGUAGAGGAAUUCCAGUCCCUGACCUCCUGCCUGGACUCCAAAGCCUUCUUACUGACUCCCAGGAAUCAAGAGGCCUGCAAACUGUACAGUAACUGACCUGUCACUUCAUCUGUGCCCCCAGAUGGAUACAGUGGGAGCUGAGUUGUUGAGAGGGGGAGAAGCUGGAGACUUCUGACUCCCUUUCAAGAAUAAUAAAGAUGAUUUUU